AUGACCCUGUUUCAGGUUGACCACCAGCGCCAUGUAGCCGCCGUGCAAGCGACCAGUGGAUCCUUUGUCCGGUCUCACAAUGCUGAAGAAUGGACGAUCACUCGCUUCGGUGGAUUCCUGCCCUGGGCUAGAACGCCACUGAGCCUCUGCUAUGCGACACAGCCAAUUCCAGCCACGGGAUGCUCUAUUGUAUCCAAUGCGAAAAGCCUAGGGGCAACAGAGACGAGCGUUCUCACUGGUGGAGGCAUCAAUGGAGCCUAA